UCUGGGCACAGGUAGGUGGCACUGCAGAGUGGCACAGGUGGGGGCACUGCUGGGCACAGGUGGGGGCACUGCUGGGAAUGGGUGGGCGGGGGGCUAGUGGGCGCACUGCUGAUCGGAACUUGCGGGGGUCACUGCUGGGCACCGAUCAUCAGGGCACUGAUCAUCAGUGCCCUGAUGAUCGCGUGAGGAAAGUGCAGCCGAGAACCGGCACUUGCAUUUUCCUGUGAUCAGCGUGUCAUUGGACACCGACCGCUGAUCACGUGGUAAAAGGCCGGUGGGAUCGGCCUUUCACCACAUCACGUGAUCAGCUGUG